CUGAUAGUUUUUAUAUUGUGUUUUUCUUGGACUUUUCUUCGGUUUCCCAGUUUCGAGAAGUCAUGAAAAAUAUAUGAUAAUACGCGAUUUGAUGCCUGGUUCUGUGCGUGAGUUGCUGCAAUGGAUGAGAUCGAUAAUAUAAUCAUACAUUCUCUGAGACAGAUUGGGUGCAAUGUUGACGAGGAGAUUCACUCACUGUCCUCCUUCACACCCGAAUUGCUCGUAUCUUCCGUCUCGCGAUGCCUUACGCUGAUAAAACCAACACUAGAAGUGCCCCUGUCGUUGCCUCCGGGAAUGGCACAACGCUUCACAGUCACAUCGAAUCUCGCGGAAGCCUGCAAGGCUGUAGGAUUUCGCGGAGAUAUCGGUUAUCAGACAUUUCUGUACACAAAUGUGACAGAAGUCAGGCGAGUGUUUAUGUUUCUUAUCGAGCGCCUUCCCAAAGAGGCAGAAAAAAUACCGGUUAGCCAAGAACUCGAUUAUCGAUCAACGGUUAAGCAGGAAAUCUCCCGGAGUAUCCUCCAAAGUCUUAAUGCUCACUGGUUGCCACCACAUUGUCGAAUAGUGCUCCAGGAGAGAAGAGACUUUCUGCCAAGAUAUCUAAACAUUCCCAAAAGCGAUUUGCAAGAGCAAGCAGCUGGAAAGAGCAGCAAUUUCCGUGUGGGCAUUUUCGAUCAGACCACUCCGGCAACACUCCUUCCUUCAGUGAUUGUCAGGAAUGACGAAGACCUUUGGGAUGUAACGAGUGUCUUCCCAUCAUUGCUCGAUCCACUAAGUAGAGAUUCUCUCUCUGCACGGGAUGAUGCUGUAUCAGAAGAUAAGCAGCUGCAGAACGCCGAAUCAGCGUCAGAAGAAACGGAAAAAGUUCCCAGUAGAGAUGAUAUCCUAAAGCCGAGGAGUCCCUUGGAAGUUCUAGAAGAAGAUAUUGAGAAUCUUAGGGCAAAGAUUGAGGGCUCAGUUGGUGAACGACAAAGUGUACUGGAAGAAAUUGAAUCCGGGAAGAGCACAAUUGCAGAGCACGAAGAGAAACUCUUGGGGCUGCGGAAGGAGAAGCGUGUUCGGGAGAGAACAAAUAUUGUUCUUGAGAACCCAGAGGAGAAUGUAACAAAACUGGAAGCAAUGGUGGCCAAUUCGAGGGAAAAGUUGAAGAAGUUGGAGCUACAGUGGCGGGAACACGAGGCUCCACUUCUGGAAGCACUCAGCAGUGCUGAGAAAAAGAACUCAAAGGAAUUUUCUAAAUCGAAACAUUUAGUGGAUCAGAUAGCCAACACCCGGGAGAGAUGCGAUGAGAUUACUCAGCAAUUCAAGCAGCAGAGCACAACACAUUCACAGUUAACAGCCGAACUGGCCAAAGUAACCAGAACAGUCAAUCGAAAUGCGUACACGUCCAGAAUUCUCGAAAUUAUCGGCAACAUCCGGAAGCAGAAGAACGACAUUGACAAAGUCCUGCGGGACACGCGGGAGCUGCAGAAGACCAUUAAUACGGUUACGGGGCAGCUGGACAGGCAGUUCACCGUGACGGACGAUCUGAUCUAUCGCACAGCAAGGAAGGAUGACUACUCCCGGAAAGCCUACAAAUUACUCGCCACCCUCCAUGCUGAUUGUGCGGAAUUGGUGAAUUAUGUCCAGGAAACGGGAGCCACAACGCGAGAGAUUCGAGAUCUUGAGGAUCAGAUUGAGACGGAGAAGAUGCGAAAUGUUUCGGGGAAUUUGGAACGAAUACUGGCGGAUCUGCAUCAAAUGCAGAAAGAAAGUCAAGUUCUCGAAGAAAAGAUCCGCUCAGCUGUGGGUCAGAGGGACACAGUGGAGUAGCAGACGUAUCCUCCGUGGAUUUAGGAUCUAUGCAGGACCUAAAUUGUUUUUUUUCUCGACUGUUUAAUAGUGUAAAUUUUCGCAAUAUUUUUUUUCUAAAAUAAUAAACAAGAUAACUACGAAA